AAUCGAAGUACACUUGGGGAAGAUGAAAAAAGAGAGAAUCAUGUGGCAUCUGAGCAAAAGAGACGAAAUCUAAUUAAAUCACGGUUUAAGGAAUUGACUGAUCUUGUUCCCUCUCUAAGAGAUUCUAAUCAACCAAAAAGUGCCGUUCUUUUUAAAGCAGUAGAAUAUAUAAAACAUUUGGAAAAGAGAAAUAAGCAUCUCCGUGAAAAGCUAGAGUCAUUACAG